AUGACCUCCGCCCGUCUAUGCAGUCCUGGGAGGCAAAACCACCGCGGUGAAUGGGUGGACGACUCUUUCAGCGGAAAGGACGAUCAAGGAUCGCUCAAGCUCACUUACGAAAUCGAUCAAUGUCCCUACUUCAUGGAGAACUCGCCACGCCCACCAUGGCCCAUAACCCGGGCCACGCAGCUUAGCGAUUUCUGCACCCUGUUUGCGCGGGCGCCCCUUACGUCGCUGACGAUCGACUUGCACGCGCUCCCGUUCGCCCCCCUCCUCCAAGCGUUCCGCACAUUCCCGCACCUGUCGACUCUGGAGCUCUUUGCUGGGCCCGACGACGUCGAGGCCGUUUGCGUUGCAGGGCUCUUCACCGCUCUUGUUUCUCCGGCGGAUGCGGGCGGCCUGCCCGAUGUUCCAGGUGCGAGCGUUGUCCUGCCGGCUCUGCGCACAUUGCGCCUGGAGGGCAUCCGGCAGUCCGCACGAGUGUCAGUUCUAUGCACGCUCUUCGCCUGCCUUGUUCUUCGCGCUCAGCGCGGCGCGGAACUUCUCUCCGGUCUAGGUGUUGAUGUAACGUUGAGAGUGGGUAGCGAAUGCGUCGCAUCCCGCGACCCUAUGCUCGCUGCGCUAAACGCAGUGGUGGAGGGACCGGUGGAGUACACUGAGAGUGAGAUGGUCUCUACGCAAGCUCAGAAGACGUUGUAG